CGAGCGGAAGAUAAUGAAGUGUUGAAAGAUAAGUUCCGUAGUUUCUUAGAACAAUAUGAGCUCCGGGAAAAGCAUUUUAAUAGCGUCGUUCGAUCCAAAGAUUUGGAAUUGCAAUUAUAUGAAGCAAAGUUACAACAACAAAAACAAUUGACCGAACAAGAGACACUCAAAGUUAAUUCUUUGAAAAGCCAAGUGGAAACAUUUACUAAAACUGAGAUUGAGUUACGUAAACAACUCAACAUUUAUGUUGAUAAAUUUAAGCAAGUAGAGGAAACUUUAAAUAAAAGUAAUGAGCUUUUUAUGACUUUUCGUAAAGAAAUGGAACAGAUGACCAAAAAGACAAAGAAACUUGAAAAGGAAAAUUCGGCUAUAAAAGGAAAAUGUGAUACGAUGAAUAAAAAUAUUUUAGAAAUGGCGGAAGAGCGAACUAGAGAUCAAAAGACUAUUGAUGAUGCAAUGAAAAAACAAGCAAAAUUAGAAAAUCUGUGUAGAGCUUUACAGACUGAACGAACGGUUCUCGAGAAAAAACUGGAAUCUUUAAAGUAG